UCAGUGCCUAACGAUCAAGUUUCAUCUCGGCGCACUUUGGAUACUCCAGAAGCAUUAGAAACACUGGAGCGAUGUUAUAGACUUCUAGCAUCAGCUAGACCAUUGCGUACACCUCUCUCAGCCUCUUCGAAUAAAGCUACGCCUCCAAAUGUCUUAGGAAGAUUUCUGAAAAAAGCUGUUUUCGAUGAUAUACGGUUUAGAUCGACCAAACUAGAUCAUGAUUUAUUUGAUGUCAUAUGGCCGGCAGUAAAAAAAUUACCAGAUAAUAGAAAUAUUGUACAAACUGUGGAGGAAGAUUUUCCAGGCGGUGUUGCAGCACCAGAUUACUACGUAUAUGAUGUUUUUCCAGAAUUUUUAUUACCUCUUAUUAAAGAUUUACAUAACAUCAACGGGCAAACUGAGCUAGCUGACCACCCUCCAUCAGAUUUUGUAAACAACAAACGCUUGCGAGACGUAUCGGACCCAAUUAUAGAAGUCAAUGUAGAUCCCAGCGAGGAAUUUGUUUUAUCGGGCACAAUCGAAUGCUCAAGGAACUUAGAUGGAUUCGAAUUGCCGAUUAAAUUAAAAAUUGGAAAGUUGGAGGCAGUCGAAAGGAUAAUCACCUCUGUACUAUUACAGGAGGAUUUCGCAAAAAUAAUUGAACAAAUAAAUCCUGAAUCGGACCAAAAAGGUGGUUCUUAUUAUACUUUAAAUGAAGUCUUAGAAAAACCAUCUGAAGUAUGUGCUACUCUAGCAUCUUCGGGUUUGUUGAUAGCGUUAUGCGACAGAGACGAGAUUGAUGAUAGUAGUCGCCUACACGGAAAACAUUGGCCUUAUGGUCGUGGAGUUUAUGUCAGUGACGACAAGACUGUCGCUAUUUGGAUUAACGUACAUGAUCAUUUGCGUGUCAUUACAUGUACACCCCUCGAUUCGCCUGGUGAAAUAGGAUUGACAUUCAGCAAAAUAUCUUACAUUAUGUCUUAUUUACAUGAUAAACUUGAUUUCGUAUGGCACGAAAAGCUUGGGCAUCUGUCGAGUCGGCCUACAUUUUUAGGAGCAGGAAUCAGAUUCAGUUUAAUUGUAAGCUUUCCGGCGUUAUCUAAAGAUCCUGAUAAUAUCAAGAGCCUAUGCGCUAUGAGAGGCCUACAAUAUAGGGAGACGUUAAGUCCUAACAUAGCUAGAAUUAGUAAUUACCAGAGCUUGAAUACGACUGAGACAAAUUGUUUUAAUGACUUUGCUACAGCUUCUUCGAAUCUUCUACAUUUGGAAAAAGAGUUGUCGAUGCAAAAUACUGCGCACAUUGCAUCGAUGUUUACUAAUAUCUUCAAGAGAAAAAGAAGCAGCAUUAUAGACAUCGAUGGCACGGAGGACAAUACAUCGCAAAAGAAAUAAUACGCUUAUAAAUUAAUUUAAUACUGUUGUAUUUUAGUGUGUUUAGGUCUUAACAUGAAGUACUUUUAAA